CUUGGAGUGAUACCACACCAUUGUUAUUUUCUAGAAAAUUUUAAGAAUUCGUUUCUUAUGAAAAGCCGAGAUGAAGCUAGACCUCUUCCUCUUUGCUUGGUGUCAACUUGAAAUUUAUUUUUCAUAGCACUUAAGAAGUCGUUGGCAAGGACUCAUUCUACAACAUCAGAAACGGGACUAUUCUGUAAGGAAUAAUAAUGAAUCAAGGUGUCGGAUUUCUCUGUGUGCUGUUUUGUGUGAUCUCGAUGGCCAUAACCUCAUCACGUCAGCAUAAAAAUGAAAAUGUGACUCGAGGACAGCGCGACGACAGCAGUUUAUCCUUAGACUCUCCAGGUAUUCUGAAACUGCGAAACGAGUCUUCCCUGCUGAGAGUAAAGAAGGCGAUUGAUAAGUCCACCACGGGGUUCACUGACAGCGAAAAGAAAAUUAUCCUGGAUGCCCACAAUGCGGAGAGACGAAUUUCGGGUGCCAGUGAUAUGAUGAUUUUAAAAUGGGAUGACGCCCUUGAGAAGUUCGCCCAGGCGUGGGCAUCGAAAUGUAAUUUCGCUCACCAAAGUGAAGCCCAGAGAACGAACGUUGCAAAUUUCCCUGUGGUUGGCGAAAACCUCGCAGCAUCAACAGACGCAUCGGGAUAUCCUGCAGGGGCUGUGAGCCAGUGGAAUGGCGAGAAGGCGGAUUACAUCUACGACACCAACAGCUGCUCUAAAGUUUGCGGGCAUUACACGGCAGACGUCUGGGCCACGACGAGGUCCGUUGGUUGUGGGAUCAAGUACUGUGACCCCUUGCAAGGAGUCGCGUGGCCCGGGUAUUUCGUCGUCUGCAACUACGGCCCUGGCGGGAACUACGUCGGCCAGAAGCCGUACAAAAAGGGCGCAGCUUGCUCGGCGUGUCCAAGCGACGCCAAGUACUGCAUCGACGGCCUGUGCUCCACGACCCAGGGCUCCGGCUCGAGCGGUGAGAUGGUCAGCAUCAGAACCUACCUGUUAUGCGGUUAUAUGGCAAUCUUAGCUCUCAUUCGUCAAGCCAUUGUUUAAUUUAAGUAGGAUAGGUGAUGAGUGGCAUAUCUUUAAAGAGGCCCUAAAACAAUAUACAAGGUGUCUGUGAUUAAGUUUUGAACUUUAACAACUGUAGACCAUUUCCUGAGAACAUCUUUGUUCCUUUAGAACAAAUUUAGACAAUUACCUUAAAACAAAUUGAGACAAUAUCCUUAAGACAAAUUUAGACCACUUCCUUGGAACAACUUUAGACAAUUUCCUUGGAACAACCUAAGACAAAUUCUUUGGAACAAAUUUAGAACAUUCCUUGAAACAACUUUAGACCAUUUCCUUUAAAAAAUUUAGACCUUUGAGCUGCUGACCUAAAUAUGUUUUUAAUGAAUGUCUAGUCUAGACUUUUAUUGUAUUUAGUUGUCGAUACUUUCGAAAGUAAUGAGACUGAAAACGUGAUAAUUUAAUGAAAAGUUACAAUGAUUUCAUUGUUGGGAAAACUCUUAGUUAGAGAGAUGCAGGUACUUUAGUCACGACGGCACUCAAUGUUUGAUUAUGUCAACAAUCAACAUAAAGCAGUCC